UUAGGAAAACAGCACAGUUACAAGAAGAUGCAGCCGCUGAUAUUUUUCCUUGUGUUUUCGGUUUGAAUUAAGCUAUAGUUUGUUUCUGGUAUGUUGCACGUACUGAAGAUUAAUAAGCCCAUCGAGGUCAAGCCAACUACUAGCACUUUUGUUUGUAUUACGUUAAGACAAUGGGCUAUUUUGUUUUCUAUACUUAUUUUCAUUCUUAUGGCAAUAAUUACCACUGGCACAGUCUUGGGGAGUUUACAUAAGAAACAAAUUUUACACCUUCUGGAAGACCAUAUUGAAGAAGAACGAGAUAAACAUCUAAGCGAGAGCGAUGAUAACCACAUGAGCCGCAAUGAAAUAGUUUUGCAACGUUCGGAAGGAAAUGAAUUAAGUUCCAGCAAAAUUUUCUCAAUAUGCAUGUGGUUGGCUUGGGUUAAUCUUGUCCUAGCUGCGGUUCUAGUUUACGGAGUGGCCACGAUGACAUCCAUUUAUAUCAUCCCAUGGUUGCUUAUCAGCGGCAUCACUUUCUUGCUGGCAAUUACGACAGCGAUUAUGGGCUACCUUGACCUAAUACCUGGAGUGUACAUCAGUUAUCCAGUUAUGCUGGUCUGUUUAGCUGCGUCAAUGGUUUUUAUCGAAAUGUGGUAUACAAUUGUAUUGUAUUACCUAAGUUUAGGAAGAAAUGGUUGUGCAUCACGAUUUGGAUCUCUUUCUCCAACAAUAAUCCACGCUUAUGGCGGUUAUACUCAUACCAUCAAACCUAUGCGUAGUGACCCAAACAAACCGUUAGUCUAAAUGUCAAAAAAAGAAACAUACAUUAUAACAAAAUGUUUGGUGUGUUAGAAGACGACACUCGUCCCUUGUAUGCUUCGUAGAUGUCCAAUUUAGAACAAUGACAAUAAUAAUGAGAGUCGCAUUGUAUCUUAAUGUGAACAUCUCAUUAUUAGCCAUUUGUGAUAAAUAAAUGAGUGUCCCCAAUCGUUUUCUUCCCUCUAUAAUGUAUUGGAUUGGUGGUGUCUUAUGAAAUUAUAAACUUGCACAGAUAUGCUAUUUUUCUGUGAAAUUCGAUAGAGAUGUAUUAAAUAAAUUUAAUGUAACUUA